UAUGCAGUCUGCUGCUCGAACGCAUCACAGUGAACUGCAUCUGACAGCUCGCCAGGUUGGAGCAGAAAAAAAACACCACACACAAGAGAGCAAAGCCGACCCGUGGAACAGACCCGACCCGUGGAACAGACCCUCUGUAUUUUCACAAACCGAGCAUCAUCUAUAUCCACCCGAUAGAGAAAAUAAAGAAAAGGAAGGAGGGAUCUUUCGCGGUUGCCGUCCCCCCUCAAAGCUCGCAUGUAUGGAAGGAUAAUGUUUUUGUUUUAACGCACCAGAUGAUUGUGUACCGGGGUAGCUAUUGAAAUACGCAAAAACCUGCCGCUUCGUUGAAUAUUCCUCCGAGACUGAGGCCAUGAAUUCCGCGGAGCAGACGGUCACUUGGCUGAUCACACUCGGGGUGCUGGAGUCGCCGAAAAAGACUAUAUCGGAUCCCGAGGCAUUUUUACAGUCCUCCCUCAAAGAUGGGGUGGUCUUGUGCAGACUGCUGGAGCGGCUGAGCCCGGGAUCCACGGACAAAAUCUACCAAGAACCGAAGAACGACGUCGAGUGCUUGAGCAACAUAAAGGAGUUUCUCAAAGGCUGCACUUCGUUUCGCGUAGAGCCGUUUGAGCCCAGUGAUCUGCUCCUAGGACUGAACUUCUCCAAGAUACUCAGCAGUCUGGUGGCUCUCAACAAAGUGACUGCAGACAUUGGAGUGGGCAGUGACAGUGUGUGUGCCCGUCACUCGUCGGCCCAUCGGAUCAAGUCGUUUGAGUCUCUGGCCUCCCAGUCAUCACUGGGUCGAUCCUCCAAGCUGCUUCAGAACCAGUACCGCAGCCUGGACAUGUCUGAGGGCAGCGGGACGCAGCUAUUGGUCAAGGCUCGCUUCAACUUUGAACAGACCAAUGAGGACGAGCUGUCCUUCAACAAGGGUGAUGUCAUCAACGUGACACGCCAGGAGGAGGGCGGCUGGUGGGAGGGGAACCUCAACGGCAAGACCGGCUGGUUCCCUAGCAACUAUGUCCGUGAGAUCAAAGGCUGUGACAAACAAGUGUCCCCCAAAUCUGGGACCCUCAAGAGCCCCCCAAAAGGCGUUGACACUACGGCCAUUAGCAAGACCUACUACAACCUGGUGCUGCAGAACAUUCUAGAAACAGAGACAGAAUAUUCCAAGGACCUCCAGAGCCUUCUGACCAACUACCUGCGAUCACUCCAGAGCACAGAGAAACUGAGCAGUACAGAUGUGUAUGUGAUCCUGGGGAACCUGGAGGAGAUCAGCACCUUCCAGCAGAUGCUCGUCCAAUCACUGGAGGAGUGCACCAAACUUCCAGAGAGCCAGCAGAGGGUAGGGGGCUUUUUCAUGAACCUGAUGCCCCAGAUGAAGGCUCUCUACGUGGGUUACUGCUCCAACCACCCCUCGGCAGUCAACGUGCUCACCCAGCACAGUGAGGAGCUGGGGGAGUUUAUGGAGGGGAAGGGAGCCAGUAGUCCAGGUAUCCUGACCCUGACCACAGGCCUCAGUAAACCUUUCAUGAGGCUGGACAAAUACCCCACACUACUGAAGGAACUGGAGAGACACAUGGAGGAGAGUCACUCCGACUGGCCAGACAUCCAGAAGUGUAUGACAACAUUCAAGAGCCUCUCGGUCCAGUGCCAGGAGGUGAGGAAGAGGAAGGAGCUGGAGCUGCAGAUUGUGACUGAGUCCAUCAAGCUGUGGGAGGGAGACGACAUUAGAACACUGGGCUCUGUCCUCUACAUGAGUCAGGCUCUGGUUAACAGCCCUGGAGCAGAGGAGAAGUGUGAGCGCUACCUCAUGCUCUUCCCUCAUGUCCUCCUCAUGCUGUCUGCCAGUCCAAGGAUGAGUGGCUUCAUAUUCCAGGGGAAGCUGCCAUUGACUGGUAUGACUGUGACCACGGUAGAGGACAGUGAGGCCCACAAAUACUCCUUUGAGCUUUCUGGCAGUCUAUUUGAGCGUCUCCAGGUUGUGUGUAACAAUCAGCAGGACCUGCAGGACUGGGUAGACCACCUGACCCGUCAGACCAAGCACACCACUCCCCCAAGCCACAAACCCCUCACUGUCCCCUGCCACACGUUGCCCUCCCACCCUCUGACUCCGUCCCGUCACGCGGAGGGCCGAGCGAUGACGGUGGCCCCUGCCUACCACACCCUGCCCCACCCUUCCUCCCACGGGGCCCCACACAGCAGCAUGAUGUGGGGGCCCCUGGAACCCCCCAACACCCCCAAGCCCUGGAGCCUCAGCUGCCUGCGCCCCGCACCCCCUCUCAGGCCCUCUGCUGCACUCUCCUACAAGGAGGACCUCAAUAAAAGUCCUAAGAGUGUGAAGAAGCUUCUUCCUAAACGUAAACCAGAGAGAAAACAGUCAGACGAGGAGUUUGCCCUGAGGAAGAGUACAGCUGCUCUAGAGGAAGAUGCUCAGAUCCUAAAGGUGAUCGAAGCUUACUGUACCAGCGCCAAGACCAGACAGACCCUCAACUCGACCUGGCAGGGCACUGACCUGAUGCACAACCACGUGCUGGGGGACUUGGACCGGUCCUGUGUGGACUCUCCAGGCCGCCGUAGCAGCGUGUCACGGCCUGACGUGACUGGCUCAGACCUGUCGGAAGACUCUGACUACGACUCUGUGUGGACGGCCCACAGUUACAGGAUGGGCUCAGUGUCGCGGGCGAUGCGGAGGGACACAGGGCUGCAGGUCAUCAUCCCUGGAGAGGAGAAGAUCAUCGUGGAGGAGACCAUGAGCAACGGACAGACUGUGGUCGGAGAGAAGAGCCUGGAGGAUGUAGUGUACGCCCUGAGGGACGAGGUACAGGAGCUCAAACAGGACAAUAAGAAGAUGAAGAGGUCACUGGAGGAGGAGCAGAGGGCACGGAAAGAUCUGGAGAAAGUGGUCAGGAGGGUGUUAAAGAGUAUGAACGACCCCACCUGGGACGAGACUAACUUAUGAGGUGUGUGUGUGUGUGCAUGUCAGAGUGAAUUGUGUGUGUGUGUGUGUGUGGGUGUGUGCUAGUGUGCGAUGGAGAAACGUUUGUGAGUGUGAAUGAGUGAUUGCGUGCAGAUACGUGGUUGUGUGUGUGUGUGUUGAACUAGGACCCUGAGGUUUUCCCGGUCAGGUCAUAUGUCUAGGAAAAACUUGUGGCUCCACCUAUAACAAUGAGGAAUGUCUGUGGAUCCAUCCCUAAACCAACAUGGACCUGGAGUCUUCCCUCUCCCUCCCUCCGUCUCUGUUUACAACUGAUACUCAGCAAAGCAUUACAGCUCUAAUGGUACUGUACAAAAACAACAACUCAUUCACCUCUUCUCUACUGUUAUUUAAUUACUAUGAAAUCUAUCCAUUUUGAUGUCUUAUAUUUCCAUUGUCUUGUGGUCUUCUGUGUAAGGCCUGGACUUGUGGCGGCCUGCCUUGUGGUUGGGCCUUGUGUGGUCAUUGAUUGGUGGGUCAGAAGGGAUUUGUACAGAAAUGGACUGGCUGGUAUUGGUACUGACUGUAAUUGGUACCUUCUGGGAUUGGUACUGGCUGGUAUUGAUAUUGGUACUGACUGGUAUUGGUACUUGCUGGUAUUGAUAAUGGUAUUGGUACUGACUGGUAUUGAUACCUUCUGGCAUUGGUACUGGCUGGUAUUGAUAUUGGUACUGACUGGUAUUGGUACUGGCUGGUAUUGAUAUUGGUACUGACUGGUAUUGGUACUGGCUGGUACUAAUAUUGGUACUGACUGGUAUUGGUACUGGCUGGUAUUGAUAUUGGUAUUGGUACUGACUGGUAAUGAUAUUGGUACUGACUGGUAUUGGUACUGAUUGGUAUUGAUAUUGGUACUGACUGGUAUUGGUACUGAUUGGUAUUGAUAUUGGUACUGACUGGUAUUAGUACUGACUGGUAUUGAUAUUGGUACUGACUGGUAUUGAUAUUGGUACUGACUGGUAUUGAUAUUGGUACUGACUGGUAUUGGUACUGAUUGGUAUUGAUAUUGGUACUGACUGGUAUUGGUACUGACUGGUAUUGAUAUUGGUACUGACUGGUAUUGGUACUGAUUGGUAUUGAUAUUGGUACUGACUGGUAUUGAUAUUGGUACUGACUGGUAUUGGUACUGAUUGGUAUUGAUAUUGGUACUGACUGGUAUUGAUAUUGGUACUGACUGGUAUUAGUACUGACUAGUAUUGAUAUUGGUACUGACUGGUAUUGGUACUGAUUGGUAUUGAUAUUGGUACUGACUGGUAUUGAUAUUGGUAAUGACUGGUAUUAGUACUGAUUUGGUAUUGAUAUUGGUACUGACUGGUAUUAGUACUGACUGGUAAUGAUAUUGGUACUGACUGGUAUUGGUACUGAAUGGUAUUGGUACGCUUUGAUGUAAAUAUGAACACUGCUGAGGUAUGAAAUAAAAUGUGUUUUUAGGA